CUUGUGUCUUGCAUGCUGAGAAUGAAUGCACGCCUGAGGUUCUGCAUCUCUGCCCAGUGAGAGAGGAAACUGCAAGGUAGCCAAGCCACCUUGCGCAGUACGAUGGGGGGACAGCUUACCAGAAGCACGCUAUACGAUUCCAUAGGUGGACCUUUUCCUUCUUCCUCUCACCGAUGCCACCACAAGCAAAAGCACUGUUUGCCCAUUCCACAGUGUGGCACUCUUUCAAUCAGUCCACUGUUGUUCCAUCCACACACCAAGGGGUCGCAGAUCAUCAUGGAUACCACACAGAAGGCAGUCAAGCGGCAGGCCAGCUUCUGCAAUGCCAUCACCUUCAGCAAUAGGCCAAUUGUUAUCUAUGAGCAAGUCAGGCUCAAGAUCACAAAGAAGCAGUGCUGUUGGAGUGGGGCUCUUCGACUUGGAUUUACUGCCAAGGAUCCUUCCAGGAUUAAUCCAGAAACAUUGCCCAAGUAUGCAUGUCCAGAUUUGGUUUCUCAGAGUGGAUUCUGGGCCAAGGCCCUCCCAGAAGAGUUUGCCAAUGAAGGAAACAUCAUUGCGUUCUGGGUGGACAAAAAGGGGCGUGUAUUUUAUCGAGUUAAUGACUCUGCUGCAAUGCUGUUCUUCAGUGGGGUGAGGACCACUGAACCGCUGUGGGCUCUGAUUGAUGUCUAUGGACUCACACGUGGGGUGCAGCUACUAGACAGUGAAAUUAUUCCUCCUGAUUGCCUCCGUCCAAGAUCCUUCACGGCUAUCCGCCGUCCCUCGCUGCGCAGAGAGACUGAGGACACCCGACUGUCUGUGAGCCUUUGUGACCUCAACCUCCAGGAGGAAAACUUCCAUGUCAUGGCUGCCAUGUGUCCUAUCCCUCAGAACUCCCUCAACUCCCAACAUUCCCAUCUUCUCCCAUCCCAGCUUGAAAGUGAUCUCCGUUUCCACCAGCUCAGGGGAGCUCAUAUCAAAAUUUUGGAUGACCAGACUGUGGCUCGUCUAGAACAUGCUCGGGAAGAGAGAACUUUGGUUUUUACCAGCAGGCCCCUUAGAAUCAAUGAAACUAUAUUUGUCAAAAUUAACAAAUCCAACACCUCGCGCACUGGAACACUCUCUUACGGGGUCACCACCUGUGAUCCUAGCACCCUGAGGCCCAGUGACCUUCCUUAUAAUCCAGAGUCUUUAGUAGAUAGGAAAGAGUUCUGGGCAGUUUGUAGAGUGUUGGUGCCUCUCCAGAGUGGAGACAUUUUGGGUUUCAUGGUGAAUUCAGAAGGUGAACUGCAUUUGAGCCACAAUGGAGCGAGUGCUGGCAUGCAGGUCUGCGUGGACUGUUCCCAGCCACUGUGGAUGUUCUUUGGUUUACAUGGAGCAGUGAUGCAAAUCCGUAUCCUGGGUUCUACUGUCAUGGCUGAGCGACUGGGCCCAUCUGUGCCAAGCUCACCCACUUCAUCUCCAAACUCACCCUCUGUCCUUUGCAGUGGAGUUUCUGAUCCUAUUCUGAGUACUUGUGGUUCUGGCCCACUUGGCAGCUCGAUUGGUGGCACUGCUCCCAACUCUCCAGUCAGCAUGCCAGAAUCUCCUCUUUCCCCUUCCAUCUCAGGGUCCUGGAAUGACGAGUGCACCAUCUGCUAUGAGAACAUGGUGGACACCGUGAUUUACUCCUGUGGACAUAUGUGUCUCUGCUACACAUGCGGGCUCAAACUCAAAAAGAUGGCCAAUGCCUGUUGUCCUAUCUGCAGACGUGCCAUCAAGGACAUCAUCAAGACCUAUCGCAGCACCUAGAACAGUAUGCCAUCGUGGGUAGGGGCUGGGGACUGCUUUAUGACACUGAGUGAGACAUGGGUAGGUGGGAAAGGGUUGUUCUAGCGGCCAGCUUUCCCCAUCCUCACACAGGUCUUGCAUUUUGAACUUUGCUGCAUGUGGGCAAAACCCAGAGUUUUGAGGAUUACAGAUUUCUUCCUUCCCAAUUUCCUAGCAGAGGGUUAUUGUCAUCCCUUAGAUGUGCAGUCCCCAAGAAAGGAUGGACUCCUCCCCCUCCUUUCCCUGCACCUCCCCCCUUUUCCUGCCUUUCUCCACUGGGCCGCUGCAAGACGCAAACAGGAGAGGGAUGCAAAAUAAUUUGAUUGUGCUUGGGCAUGGAAGCCCAGUGGAGUAGAAAAGGAAAAUUAAUUUGAACACUAAAACCAUAAAAAACACCAUAAAA